GCGCCGGCCUGGGCCGCCGCAGCCGGCUCGCGGAGUCGCCCCGCCAUGGAGCCUUCGCACAAAGACGCCGAGACGGCGGCCGCGGCGGCGGCGGUCGCGGCGGCGGACCCGCGGGGGGCGUCCUCCUCCAGCGGGGUGGUGGUGCAGGUCCGCGAGAAGAAGGGCCCCCUGCGCGCCGCCAUCCCCUACAUGCCCUUCCCGGUGGCUGUCAUCUGCCUCUUCCUCAACACUUUCGUGCCGGGACUGGGGACAUUCGUCUCGGCCUUCACCGUGCUGUGUGGGGCCCGCACUGACCUCCCGGACCGGCACGUGUGCUGCGUCUUCUGGCUGAACAUCGCGGCCGCCCUCAUCCAGGUCCUCACGGCCAUCGUCAUGGUGGGCUGGAUCAUGAGCAUCUUCUGGGGCAUGGACAUGGUCAUCCUCGCCAUUUCCCAAGGCUACAAGGAACAGGGCAUCCCGCAGCAGCUGUGAGCCCUCAGGAGCCGCUGGAGAGGUCCGGGGGCCCUGGGAGGGCUGCACCAGGCAGCGUCAGGCACAAGGAUCUUUACGUGUUCUCUUCUGCCAUUUUCCAGAUUUGGGGUGGAAAGGGGGUAUUUUAAAAAAUAUUUAUUUUGAAAACACAUCUGCUUUUCUCAGCGGGUUCUGAGGGCCACCAGUCCCUCCUCCUGCUCUGGAAACACUAGCACCAGAGCGGCAGGCAGCGGGGGAGAUGGGAAAGUGGACAGAGAGGCUGGGAGCUCCAGCAGGCACAGCCCCUCGCAGGACCCCCUGCCCCCGCCCCUGCCCCUGCCCCCUGCAUGGCACACAGGAGCUGCUGGGCAGGGCCUCGGUGGGCCCUGCCUGGUGAGCAGGGGCUUGCCAAGGGGACAGGACUGUGGUGGACACUUCCUCUGGGUCCCCACACCCUGCCUCAAAAUCUAGUGCCCCGAGUGUUUUCUCUGCGGUCUCCUGGGGGCAGUGCUGGAGUCGGGGUGAGGAUGGCCAGACUCAGCCCGGUGUGGACAGCGCCACUGUCCCCACAGCUGGCCUGAGGCCUCAAGGAGAGGACAAGUCCCAUAGGCUGCCCUCCCUGAGUGCAGCCCCAGCCUCCUCGCCUCUGAAGUUCAAGGGCUGCGUGUGCUUUGCCCUUCGUUGCCCUGGGAGGGAGGGCGGCUCCGCCCCUGGGCGAGACGGCCAGAGCUGCCCGGUGCUCGCACACAAGGUCACCGGCCGGAGCAUGCACGGCAUGGGCACAGACCGGCAGCCUUUCACGCCAUACUUACACCGUUUCCGGCCCAUUCUCCUUUUUCUGAAGUUCUUGGGCCAGAUGGAUCUCUGAAUUCAGAAAUUUUAGAUUUGAGAGAGAUAAGAUGAUCCAUGUACCGAAUAUUUUCAUAACACCCUGGCAGAGUCUGGAACAUGCCACCCACGAUCCGGCACGUGAAUGUUUCUGCAGAAAAACAUGUGAUGAGUCAGAUUAAUUGGGAUCAAUAAGAACUGUAAAUAGCCUCACCUCAGUUCAAGUCCAGUACUCCCACUAAGUAAGUUUGGGGGACAAUCUUACCCUCUGAGGGCUUUUGGAGUUUCAGAACGGCAAAACAAUCGGAUGGGUUGUGGACCUUGAUCUGAAAAUCCCACUGAAACAGACGCAUUACAGGAUAAGACUGUCCCAUCACACAGAGUUCCUUCCGUUGCAAAGGGACCACCAGCCCCUGCCCCAAGGAGCCCCUCCGUAUGUGAUUGCUGCACAGGUAGAUCCCCAACGAGGCAGAGACCAGCAGAAGUUGUCCAGGUCACUGUGGAUCGAGUGUCCAUCUGAGAUUAGGAGAAAGGAGGUUGAGAUUAUGGUAAUAGGAUGGACAUUUACGUGUCUGUUUCCUUUUCUUUUUUUUCCUAACAUAGGAAGCGCUGACAGGUAGGACAGGCCCAAAGCUAAAGUUUUGACCCCACUGGACGUUGUGCCAUUCCCUCUUCGAGCGCGGUGUGUGCGUGUGCGUUAAUCUGUUGCGAAUCCCCCGGUGACUCCAUCAGGGCUGGACCGGGGCUGGAGCGGGGACCUGUCUGCCCGCCUUCUCUGUUGCUGGGCGGGAGGGUUGGGAGGCCGUGCCACCACAGAGGGGUCCCAGCCCCUCCCCGUCCACUGGGCUCUCUAAUCCCAGCCCUGUGGGGAAACCGGUCUCAAGCCCCCAGCAGGCUGGACAGCUCCCCGACCUCCAGGAGAAACAGGGUCCCUGCGGGACUCACCCGCCCUGGGCCCUGGCUGGACACGGGUGGGUCCUCCGCUCCGGCCUGUCCUGCCCGCUGCCCGCCCUCAGCUCUGCUGGGUGUCGUAUCCCUCCUCCCUAACCGCCCAGGCCUGGGCUGCACUUCCAGAACACCUGGCGGUGUCUGUAUCUCUCCUGUCUGCCGCUGUCCUGUUUGGACGCCUCUGCGUCGUCAAGGCGUGGGCUCAGAUUUGGGUUUUACCCAAAAGCCAGACCCUGUUGCCUGUGAAGACAGCAUACUCCGGGUUGGCGGCCCGUGGCUCUUAAGGAAGCUCAUCAGAUAGCCGCCCUGCAAUGUAUAAAACAGCUUCUGCGGAGGGAAAUGAGGGUCCCGCUGCCCCCACGCCCACGGCUCCCAGCCCACAGCUCUUCACCCCGCGCAGCCCGAGCUUGCCUGACGCCCUGCGCCAUGACAGGCCUGGGAGGGCUGCGCCCCCAGUGGGGGAGGAGACGCUUGUCCUCCUGGCUUGCGCUGGGGGCGGCUUCGGAGGGGUGGAGCAGAGAUAGCAAUAGUGUCCCAUGUUUGGUGACACAAUCCAGACACGAGUGGCAUUUUCUGGAGUGGCAGGUGUCACCAUGAGCCCUUGUGGGAUGGCUCCAUGCAGGGUUUGUGUGCUUGCAAGGCCAAGGCCACCUGCCCCCGGAGCCGCCCCUCACCUGGGGCCGCGCUCCGACCUGCGAGCCCAACAGCCUCGGGAGGAAGCGCCUUCCCGGGUGACUGAUGCAUAGGAAAAGCCACCGGGGGUCCCGGUCCCUCCCCCGCCAACAUCAGGUGUCCGAGGGUGGCCACACAGGUGGGACCAGUUGGAAUCACAUCCCUCUAAAUUAGUCUUAGCAGGAUCCUCUUCAUCAGCCGGGGACAGGGCUAGUUUAGUCCAAGUAGUCUGAGCUGGCCACUCAGAUCAUUAGACGGCCGCGGUUUAUUUCUCAGACACCAGCCAGCUGAAAAUUAAGGUUCUUGUGCCGGCAAGCACUCAGGUGACACACAGCCCUUUGGCGGCCAAGCUGGGCUUGGCCUCGACAGCUCGCCCUGAGGCAAUGGUGCGGAAGUUGCAGGGCACGUCCCAGGGUUGCGCCUUUUGCCGGCCAGAACUCAGGAGGGUGUCCCUGGCUGUGGGUGUGUGAGGCAGGAGUCACAGGUGUGCAGGGAACGUCAUAGUGACGGGAUGCUCCCAGUGCCUAAUCGUGACACUGUGAUCAGAGUGGCCAGAGCGGGACUCUGGAGCAAGUGCGAGUCCCUGGGGGCCGGGUGUGUCCCGUCGGCGAUGGAGACUGUGGAUCUGGGUGCUGAGUUCUGAGUCAGUUUUAGAGCUGAGGAUUUGGGGCCAGGACAGCCUGAAUCUCCGAGUGAGCACAGGGGGCAGAUGGCUCCUGGCUUGGUGCCUGCACCCCUCCCGCCUGCCUCUGCGGGACCCUCCCCAGCCCUGCACGCUGGUGGCUGCAGCUGAGGGUGGGUAAGGAGGGGGCAUGCAGUGUGGCUCCCUUCCUCUGCUGUCCCAGCCCCAGUGCCAGCCCAGGGACAAGAACAGCCUCCCCAUGUCAGCCCUUAGCAGGCACCACGGCCCUCACCGUGUGCCAGAGAGCGCCAUGCCUCUGGGAGGGAGGGUCUGCGCUGAGCUGCAGACGUCAGGACUCCAGCUCCGAGAGAGUAACCGUGUGCCCCGAACACUCAGCUCGAGAGUGGCAGGACGAGGGCGUGGCCCCCUACACAGCCUGUGCCUCCUUACGGCCCCCCAGAAGAAGGAGUGGAAUGGCAGGGGGCCAGAAGAGGGGGUCUGGGAGGGCCUGCACCCACUCAGAAGCAAUAGGGUGAAACGAGAAACCUGAGCAAUGGCUGGACGCCCCACCCUGCCCCCAAGGCUCCCUGCCCCCACCGCCCUGGCAGCCCUCGAACCCACGCUCCUUUGUGAGCCCGGAAGGGUGUCACUUAUGGAGGGUGUAAGAGUGACAGCCGGCAGGAGGCGCUGCCGGGUCCCAGCACACAGGGCCAGCUUGCCCGCCCCCAGUCCGGGCUCCAGCUGCACGCGGUGCCCAGGGAUGAGGGGCAGCGGGGAGGACAUGUGCGAAAAGGCCAUGUAGAAAGAAAGAUGCCGUAGGGUUAACUUUCCCCCGAGAGUAAAAGGGCCCAGAUCUCAAAAAGAAAACCAUACGCGGACCCCAAACAUUGAGCCAAAGGCCAGAGCAGGGUGGGGCUGAAGGCCCAGGACCAGGACAAACGUCUUCCAAAGGCCUGAGGUUCUCAAGGGGGAGAGUGAAGCUGAGAUGACAGUGGCCCUUGUGCACCAGCUUGGCUCUUUACAACACAAAAAUCCCCCGAACAAAACCUAGACGUUUGCUUUAGCUAACCCUCCCGCCCAGACAGGCGCACUUUCAGGAGUUUCCUUCCAUGAUGCCUGCACCCAGCUCUUCUGGGCCCCCGGGCCCCCGAGGGCCCACCCAGGCUCCCAGGCCCCCCUCGGGCUUUAAUCACGCUGCCGUGUCUGGCAGUGCCAGUGACGUGGGCACAGAAAGCGUGGAGCACCGUGUAACUGCUCGGCAACGUGUCGUGUGUGUGUUAGUUGUCGAGUUAAUGAUUAAAGACACUGUGCACUGUCACUAUUCCUCCCGCAUGCUGGGCUCGUUUGGAGCACUUUAUGGGAGGUACUGGAGGAGGGAGAGCCCUUUGAAAGUGCCCCCGCCCCCGCUGCAACAGUGCUCCCCACACCGCGACCUUGUCUGCGGUUGGAGGCCUCCGCUCGGGCAGCAGCUGGAAGUCCCUGCUGCCCGUCUGCCGACCACAGUAGGAAGCUGGCCUGAGGCUGCAGAGACAGUCGCUCUCUGUGGGGCUUAACGAGAAGCUUGGCAGUGCCCCGCAGGGACAGCGCCCGCUUUGCCCGUCACUCAGCCAGCCCCGCGAGUGAGCGCGGCCGCAAGCGCGGUCCCGUGCUUGGGUGGAGAGGCCGGGCCCUCCCUCCCCGCCCCUCAGGCGAGACCGCAGGUGGGCUGCGCUUCCCCCUGAGGCGUCCUGUGCGCCUGUUGUAAGGGGCGAGGGGCCGGCUUGCCCGAGCGACAGUGCUGCUUCUGGGCCAGCGGGCUUGGGAUGAGCGUGAGAAGGCCGCCUGGCCAGGUCGUGAGAGGCCGGCCCCGCCUCCCUCCGCCAUCUUCCCUUGAGGUUCUUAGAGCUCUGGGUGCUCACGGGAGCACAGAGACACGGAAGUGCUUGUGCUCAGGUGGACCCACCCUAAAUCCCUGGCCACCCAGAGCUAGGAUGAUCCCAACCAGAGUGACCGCCCAGGUCCCCCAGAGGCCAAGGAGUGAGUUCCGGCCUCAGCGACGUUAUGACUGUCCGCAUCUCCUUGUGCCUUGUGUCCGACUGCCUUGUGCCUCAGUUUGACCAUCUAUAGGUUGGGAACAAAGAGGGGCCUGGGCAGCCAUCAUUGUCCCGAUUUUGUCGGAGCCAAGGGCUCAGAGGCCAGCCCCACCUGAGCAGGGGAGGCAAGCUGUCCUGUCCCGCCCAGGCCUCACGUCCUGAGCCCCAUCCCACUCCCGGCCGCCACCGCAGAGGGCAGGAGGCAGACGGCAGGGGCCGGCUUGUGUGUCCUGCGUUUCCGGGACAAGUCGUCUUGCUUGGAUUUAGCUGGGCAACCUUGGUCCCAGCCCCUCUCCCUCCCUGCCUGGACUUGUGGAAAUGCCCACCACCCAGGCUGGUCUUUUCUCCCCCGCUGGGCAGAAGUACACGCACACGCACACUCACGGCCCCUCCACGGCUGCGGGAAGCGGGACAGGGCAUGUCCGAGACUCGGCAUGGGGACUUGCAGACAGAGGAGCCCGCACCCUCCUCCAGGGUGGGCACUGGCUGGCAGCACUUCUGCCCUCGUUCCACCCCCACCCACCCAGCCCAGACGCACGCGCGGUCCCUUCUCUCCACAGCCCCUAGACUCUGAGCUCUUCCUCCCAGCCCCCGUGGGCUCAGCACCCAGCCACACCAAAGGUGGCCGUGGCCGCCCGCCAGGCCCCAGCUGGGCCUCCCGUGGGGGCGAUGGGCCUGCCCCAGGGAGAGGGGACAGUGCUCUCUUUCCGGGGCUCUCCCAGGCUGCAGCCAGUCCUCUCUUCUGAAGCCACUUUCUGUUCCUGCACCCCAAAACACACCCUGGCACAGGAGCGGGUGAGGAGGGGAGGGGAGGGAGGCCCCGCUCACCCGUGUUCGGGGCUAGCCCUGGACGGGCUGUUCACGCAGGGCGACAGGCGGAGGAGGCUGUGACAGGCUCCUGUGGCGACCUCCCCCAGGGGGACACGCGGCUGGCCCUCUCCACAGGCUGUGCGUGUGCCUGCCGUUCUGAACACACACGCAGAGGCAAGACAACAGCCCCCGUGCACCUGCAGACUUCCCACACACACGCGUGUCACGCCGUGAUCUGCAGUGUCUCGGUCCCUCGACUGGCGCCGUCUGGGUCUCUCCUGCCUGUCAGACCAGCUGCCAUGCAUUUUCGCCGACCGCGGACGGCGCUCUCCCCCGACCUCCCGGCUUCCGGUCACGCCGCGUCACGCGGGGUGGCUUCCAGCCCAUUCCGUGACCGGAGCCCUCUUGGAAGAAAGCUGAUGGCGGGGACCUGGGGAAGCUUCCAGACUCGCCCCGGCCUGCCUGCGGCUCCGCGUUCCGGGCACCCCAGGACCUUGGCCUCGGGCAGGGUUCCGUUUCUCCGGCCUUCCGCCGGCUUUAAAUCCUUAACUCAAGCAGUGUCGCUGUCCGUGCGGUGAAAAACACCACGUAUGACGACAAAACCUGUGUACAUAGCUCUGUGUACAUAGUUAUACAUACACACGCAUUCUACUAUAAAUAUAUAAAGCAUGGCAUCUCUUUGGCAUUCCACGUUUGUGUUUUUUUAAAUCCUUGAAAAUAUGGCUUUGGAAACCUUUUUCUCCUUUUCCUUCUUUUGUAUGUAAUAAACAUUCAUGUGACCUUUCCGGUGGCUUCUCA